AUGACCCCCAAGCGUAGCACCCCCCUCAGCCCCCAGGCAGCCCCCAGGCUCCCCCCGCCAACCCCUGCCCCCUGCGUGGCCAACACCUCGAUGCACAAGAUCGACGGCUUCGCCAAACUGCCCGGCCACGUGCAGGACUUCAUGCGGUACCAGCACUGCCGGUUCUUCCCGGAGCUGCUGGGCGUCCCCGACAAGUGUGGGGGGCCCGAUGGGUCCCCCAACGUCUUCCUCCUCCUGGCCAUCAAGUCAUCUCCGAUGAACUACGAGCGGCGGGAGGUGAUCCGCAGGACCUGGGGGCAGGAGAGGACCUUCGAAGGAGCCUUAAUCCGCCGGGUUUUCCUCGUGGGGGUGACCACCAUCGCCCGGGAUGCCAAGAAGCUCAACUGGCUGCUGCGGCUGGAGCAGGAGGAGCACGGGGACAUGCUGCAGUGGGACUUCAAGGACACCUUCUUCAACCUGACGCUGAAGCAGGUUCUCUUCCACUCCUGGCUGGAGGAGCACUGCCCCGGCGUCCGCUUCAUCUUCAACGGGGACGACGACGUCUUCGUCAACACGGACAACGUCAUCCACUUUGCGAUGGCCACCCAGGGCAGCAGUGAGGAGCAGCAUCUCAUGGUGGGGCAGCUCUUCAUCAAUAGCAGACCCAUCCGUUUACAGCGCAGCAAGUACUUUGUGCCCACGCAGCUCAUGGCCUCCAACUACUACCCGCCCUACUGCGGCGGCGGCGGGAUGCUCAUGUCCGGCUUCACCGCCCGCGUCAUCGCCCGGGAAUCGCGGGACAUCAAGCUCUUCCCCAUUGACGACGUCUACCUGGGCAUGUGCUUGCAGAAGGCAGGGCUCCUGCCCGCUUCCCACACCGCCAUCCGGACCAUGGGCGUGGGGGUACCGGCCAACACCAACCCCUUCGAUCCCUGCUACUACCGGGAGCUGCUGCUGGUGCACCGCUUCGUGCCCUACGAGACGGCGGCGAUGUGGCAGGCCAUCCAUGAGCCCCACCUCAACUGCAGCAAGAAGGUGAGCGUCUUCUAGGGCAGCCGAGGAGGACCGAGAGCCGGGACGAAGCGCCGGUGCACCCCCCAGGGCUGUGGCUCUCCCCGGAG